AUGCAACAAAAAGAGCUUGAAACCUCCCAAUCAGAUGGAUGCUAUGAUUCAGAGAGUGAUGAUGAAUCUUUCUCUGAUGAGGACAUAGAUGAGGUUGUGGAAGAUAGACUGCAUCCAGAGAAGCUUGAUGCAAACUAUGAUAAGAGUGAUCCUCCUAUGGCUAUGAGGAGGAACCCAUACCCUCAUGAGGAGUGUCACAGCACUAGGAGGGCAGGUGCAUGUGUAGGGGUGACAAAGUUUUGGGUGCGCAACCAAGUGAUUGAUUGGCUAAAAGAAGAUGGAAAAUUGGGAGCCACAGAGCUGAAAAAGAAGCUGAAGGAAAGUCAUAAAGUUGAUGUGACCUACAGAAAAGUUUAUCUAGGUAAACAACUUGCUAUGGAUACAAUUUAUGGCCCUUGGGGCAAAAGUUUUGACAACAUUUACAGAUUUAAGGCUCAAAUAGAGGAAAGCAGUCCUGGAUCUUUUGUUGUGAUUGAUGACCACACUAUCGACAACAAAACAAGGUUUAAUAGGCUCUUUUUUGCUAUGAAACCCUGUGUUGAUGGCUUCCUUAGAGCUUGUAGGCCAUAUCUUGCUGGAGAUAGUAUAUUUUUGAAUGGAAAGUUCAAAGGCCAGUUGUGCGUAGCUUGUGUAGUUGAUGGGCGUAACUGGAUGUACCCUGUAGCUGUUGGUGUGAUUGACUCAGAAACAAAUGAAAAUUGGGUGUGGUUCAUGGAGAGGUUGAAGGAAGCUAUAGGCACCCCAGUUGGCUUAACAUUCAGCACUGAUUGUGGGCAGGCAGUGAUGAAUGGGGUUAGUGAGGUUUUUCCAGAAGCUGAACAUAGAGAGUGUAUGUACCAUCUAGUCCAAAAUUUCAAGAAGAGGUACAGUGGUGAGGUUUUUGAUAAGCAUUUGUGGCAGUCUGCAUAUUCUUGGAACCCAUACAUGUUGGAGAAACAUUAUCAAGCAAUGGCUGAAUACAAACCAGAGGCUAUGGAAUAUCUUCAGGAAACUCACAAGAAAUUGUGGACCAGGAGCUAG